CGGCGGAUGUGGCGAGCGGGCCUCGUCACUGUGGGAAAGUAUCUCACACAGGAUUGGGAGUAUUUAAUCUUUUGUGGGUGUUCCAUGAAUUUGGUGCUCGGUGUCGCAGCAUUUGCUGAGUCAAAUCGAAGGAGCUUUCCGUUGCGGGUUCUGAAAACUCGGAAGCGUUGUUUAGCAGAGACCAAAUUCCGGAUUAUCGAGGAGAAGUCACGAUCCUUGAGUUGGGUUUGUGACUCUGUUUUGUGGGCAUUUCAGUUGCGAAUGCGAGCACCUAGCGAUGGAGACCCGAGUGAAAGCAUUGUAUAUAUACCCUGUGAAGUCGUGCCGAGGAAUUGCCGUUCCUCAUGCAUCCAUUACCCCUACAGGAUUUAAGUGGGACAGGCAAUGGCUGAUAGUGAAUGCCAAUGGGCUUCUCUUGACUCAGAGAGCAGUGAAGAAGCUGGCGUUGGUUGAGGCCAUUCUACCUGAAGAGGCUCUAGACUCUCGCUGGGGGUCUAUUUCUCCAGAUGCAGCUCUUUGCUUGAAAGCCCCAGGCAUGGAGCCUCUGUAUGUUCCACUUGUUCCUCAAUACCCUCUGAAAAAAGUAGAGAAUAUCACAUGCUGGGAAUGGUCAGGAACUGCAUUGUCCGAGGGUGACGAAGCAGCUCAGUGGUUUACCAAGUACUUGGGAAAGCCUUCAAGUCUCGUGCGUUUUGACAACGAAAAUGUUACAAGGCCAACAGAUCCGGAUUUUGCUGUGGGUCAUAAGGUUGCAUUCAGCGAUGGUUUUCCGUUCCUUCUUAUAUCGCAGGCUUCGUUGGAUGCUCUCAAUAAGAAACUAUCAGUGAGUAUUCCGAUAGAUCGCUUCCGCCCAAACAUCUUUGUGGACGGUUGUGAGGCUUUUGCCGAAGAUGAGUGGGGGGAUUUCAAAAUUGGCGAUUUUCACUUUCAUGGGGUGAAGCUAUGUGGCCGUUGCACGGUACCAACUAUUAAUCAGCAAACAGGUGAAGCGUCGAAGGAGCCUACUCUGACCUUAAGAUCUUUCCGCAAAGGCUCGCUUCUACACAUCCCUACUAUGGAAAACGAGGUAUUCUUCGGCCAGAACGUGACGUGUGAAGAUGCCGGCUUGCCUGUGUAUGGAACUGCUCCUGCGCUGAAGAUCGGUGAUGUGGUAAAGAUUUUGAAAACUGUUUCUAUCCUAGAGAUCAUGUCAUAAAUCAGACAUGUGGUUGUUUCAUUUUAUUAUUUCUCUUAGCAUUUUUCUUUGUAAGUGACAUCAUGGGAUGGGAUCAUUAUUCCUGUAACAAAUAGUGUUUUUGUGCUUAAGUUUUAACGACGAAAGUUAAGUGAUGUUUCUGUAUGAACACAUUUCAUGCAAUGUGGAAAACAUUAAUACCUUAAA